AAUAACCGACCAUAAGAUGAGUGCGAUGGGUCGCCUCCUUCCUGGACUCAAAUCAGACAAGCGGUGAAGUGUGUGAAAUGUGGGGUGAAGAAGGCGUGAUCUUCCGCAUUAGUAGCUUAUACCUGCUGCAGGCUGUUCCAGUGUGUCAGUGUAAUGAAGUGUGUGUGUGAGUGCGAGACCUCCUUCAAACUGAGACACAGAGUUGACUCCUGUACAUGUUGAAAUGUGGUGAUAUCACGUAGAGAAAAAGAGGAAAUGAGCCUUUCCGUGGUCGCCUCUUCUGCUUUUACGAGUUUAAUAGUGUAGGGCUGCCGGAGGGAAACACAGAAAGGAGAGAUGAGGGACCGACUGUGUGAGCUGCAGACCUCCAAGCCUGCAGGGGAGGAGAGCAGGCCUGAGGAGAACCACAGCCACACCACCGAGGAUGAGGAGCAUGUGGAGCUACAAGCCAUCGUGUUUGAGGGAGAGGACGUGAUGGAUGGCCUCUUCAAAGACACCCAGGCGAUGAGGAAGGAGAUGCUGCUGCUCAAAAUGGACGUGAAGCGUCUUGGGAAGCAGAACACCAGGUUCCUCACGUCUGUCAGGAGGAUCAGCAGCAUCAAACGUGACUCCAACGCACUCGGACGGGACAUAAAGGCCAGAGGAGAGGCCAUUUACGCUCGGCUGGAGAAGCUGGGGAAGCUGAGCAAAGAGCUGGAGGAGGAGCACGGGUCUACAUCAGCUGUGGCUCGCAUGGUGCGUUCACAGUAUGUUUCUCUAACCAACGCCUUCCACGAUGCCAUGUCUGAGUACAACGAGGCUGAGAUGGUCCAGAGGGAGAACUGCAAGACCCGCAUCCAGAGGCAAGCGGAGAUCAUGGGCAAGGAGGUGAGCAGGGAACAGAUUGACGAGAUGAUCGAGACGGGCAAGUGGAACGUCUUCUCGGAUAAUCUCCUCCUGGAAGGGAGGACUGCCAGAUCUGCUCUCAAUGAGAUCGAGAACCGGCACAAGGAGCUGCUGGAGCUGGAGAGCCGCAUCAGGGACAUUCAGGAUCUUUUCUCCCAAAUGGCCCUGCUGGUGGAGGAGCAGGGCUGCAUGCUGGAUAACAUAGAAGCAAAUGUAUGCGCCACUCAGGACUAUGUUGCCAAGGCCACAGUUCAGAUCAAGAAGGCUGUGAUAUACAAGAAAAACAAUCCAUGCAAGAAACUCUUUUGCUGUUGCUUCCCUUGCUGCAAAUGAGACAGCAUCAGUGUUAUUUUUAUUUUGUAAUCGGGAUUAGAUUCAAAUCAGUUUCCUAUGCAAAGAUGCCUGUAAUAUUUUGCUUUAGUUUGUGUAUUUAUUUAGCUCACAUUACACAUUGACUGCAUUUUUAAACAGUAGUACACUCUUGUGUAAUUUUCUUCACUGAGCUGGUCUGAGAAAAGGCCUACAUUUCAAACCACACGUCCAUAUGCAAAUGUGUACAGUGAGAUAUGGGUGUUGCAUUUCCUGAUUGCUACUGAGAACAGCUUUGCAUGAUUACUGUUAGGACAUCUAGAAUUUAAUGCAUACGUCUCAGCUUUGUCCUUCAACUUUCAGCUUUAAACUUUGUAAUGUUAUAUGAAAUAUUUAAGUAAUGUAAAUAAAUGCCUUAAGAGUGGCUUUGUAAUAUAUAGAUAGUUUUCACAGCCUGAAUGUAGCUACUCUGGAACUUGGAACUUUUAAGUAAGUCUGUUUAUUAUAACAGCCAUUGCUGCAACAAGUCUUAACAAACACACUGAACACAACACAGUGUCUCAGUGAGGUUUGAUGGGGAGGCAAGAUAGAUCUGUGGGGAUGGUGCAACUCCACGUGUACAGUUGCAGCUUUAGGCCAGAGCUUCGUGUUUCUCAAGACUAGUUGCUUCACAGGAAAGAAAACUCUUUGUAUUGCCUCCACUUUUCAGAGAUGAAACAGUGUCAUCUUCAAUCCCAUGUUUUCCUGUAGCUUCACUGAUUCACUGACACACAACCAAAGUCAUUCAGAUUAGUCAGAUCAGAUCUAUCAUAGGGCAGGUUUUCUUGGAUUGUUCCGUACAAAAGGGCACUCGCUCAGCAGACCUAUCUCAUCGUCCUUUUUGAGUGUAAUGAUAGUAAAAUUAAAAAGACCUUUAUUCUCCUGUGUGUGGCAGUCCAUCACCCAAUGGGGGGUGGGGGGAUUCCCAGUUAUCACCUGUUAAACUAAAGCUGAGAUCAUUAUUACUCUUCAUACUGUACAUGACAGACACCAGUGGGUGUUUGCAGAAUAACUCUGCUCUGUGUUGAAAUAGGUUUCAGGGCUGUGAUUGCACUUCCUCAGCAGCGCUGCGUGAGUUGUGGUGGGCAUUUACUGGCAGCGUUCUUUUGCAUCGUGGCGUCACACGUUUACUCAGGUAAACUUACCUGUAGAUGUGCUAACAUUGUUGUGCUAGUCUUGUCUUUAUCUAAAGCGCUGCACGGAUCUGUGCACGUACCAGGAUGGCCGAGUGGUUAAGGCGUUGGACUUAAGAUCCAAUGGACAUAUGUCCUCGUGGGUUCGAACCCCACUCCUGGUAGGAAGAUGGAAAUUUUAACCUGAAUACGACUCGUGGAAAAUAAGGACAAAAAUAAACCGCGCGCAACAAGGAAUUCGGCAACUUUGAGUUGUUGUCCUCCUUGAACAGUAGAUAUUACAUGCAUCCUUUGAUAUAGGAACGAUUUUCAACCUCGUGUCUGACCCUAAAGGACCAUAACACUAUCUGUAUGUUCUUAUUUAAGCAACGGAAACCGAAAGGGGACACACUCUGACUCAGCUCAACUGUAACUAGGUUGUGAAAUGUUGUUUCUCUUUGCAAUAGGGAAUCUUUUGGUAGCACACUUCACUACGUAUCUCGGCGUUAAAUCAAGAUUUGAAUGCAUAAUCUGGUCCAAAUGUAAACAAAACGGUUGCCCAAACAACAAAUAUUCAAAAGACAUGGUUGGAAAAAACAUCAUCCAUCCCUCCUCUGUUCAUUGACAGAUCUUUUUAGCACACGAGCUAACACAACCCCCCCCUCAGCAACAUGUGGUUAUUACUUUCUGACGCAGUAAAAGGUUUGUUUACAUCAGCUGUGAUGGUCUAAAGAGGAACAGCGGCCUGUAAUUUCAAUUUAUAUGAUUAGAAACACUCUAAAUCGUCAAAUUUUAUGUGUCAUUCGAUUACAUUUCAUUUCAUUACCUGUAGGUUAUGCUUAAAAAGUGAUUUAGCCUUUUUCCUACUAACCGUGCACGCAUACAAACAUUAAGUCACAUACUGAUUCAUCACAGUGGAGGGAACAUUUUUGCCUGGACAAAAUCCUUUUCAUCUGAUGAGGUGAAACUGUUUGGAUCUGGCGCCAUCUAGCUGUAUAAUAUGUUGCCACGAAACUGGUAACUAACUGUUCUCUCAUAGUAGUAACAUGAACCAACAUGAUUUAAUCAGUUUUCUCAUGUUGACCAUUAGCCUGUUGAAGACCCAGUAGGCUGACUUAAAUAUGUUAUAUAUUCUACAAUUUCUACUUGACCAGGAAGCUCUCUGUUAACACCUUGUCAGAUGUAUACCUAAGUGAGUUAAACCAAACACAGUGAAGAAGGUGAUCUAUGUUGCUCAGAAAUAGUGUAACAUUUGAGAACCGCUGCAAUAAAAAGGACAAAUAAAUAAACAUUUAAAAACCAA